AUGGCUGAUGUAGGUGGCUGGAGCACCAUCGAGUCAGAUGAGGGUCUCUUCACCUCUCUGGUCGAGACACUCGGAGUAAAAGACACCCAAUUCGAAGAACUCAUCUCCCUAGAUGCAGACACAAUCCGGUCACUCGGGCCCGUCUACGGCGUAAUCUUCCUCUUCAAAUGGACCCGCGAAACAAACAGUGCCCGCGCCGAAGUCCCCCUCGACGGAACCUACGACCAAACAGCCCCAGAAAACCUCUUCUUCGCCACCCAAACCAUCCAAAACGCCUGCGGCACCCAAGCAAUCCUCUCCGUAAUCCUAAACCACGACAACCCCACCUCCCCGCAACCAGCCAUCACCCUUGGCGACGAGCUCCGCUCGUUCAAAGAGUUCACAACGGGCUUCCCGCCCGAGCUCCGCGGUGAAGCGCUCUCGAACUCGGAAGCAAUUCGCAGCGCACACAACAGCUUUGCGCGGGCGAGUCCGUUUGCGGAUGAGACGGCGCGGCCCCAGGAUGACGAGAAGGGAGCGGACGUUUACCAUUUCAUUGCGUAUACGCCUGUGAACGGGACGUUGUAUGAGCUUGAUGGGUUGCAGCCGUAUCCUAUCAGCCAUGGGGAGUGUGGGAGUGGGGAAUUCCCUGAGAAGGUGAUUGAGGUUUUGCAGAGGCGGAUUGCGAGAUAUCCGCCUGAGGAAACGCAUUUUAAUCUUAUGGCUGUUGUGAGGGACCCGAGGGGGAGGGCGAGGGAGAUUGGGGAUGUGGAGACGCUUGAGAGGGAGGAGAGGAAGAGGGCUGCGUGGCAGUGGGAGAAUACGCUGAGACGGCAUAAUUUUGUUGGGUUUAUUGGGGAGCUUAUGAAGGGGGUUGUUGGGGUUAAGGAGAAGGAUCCCGAGGGGAAGGCCUAUGAGGAGUGGGUUGAGGGUGCGAAGAGGGAGACGAGGAAGAAGCUUGAGAUGCGUCGGUAG